UACUUUUUACAGCAGAAUUGCUCCAAACUCAUUUUCAACCUCCAUGAUUUUAUUUCCAAUGCAAUACCGGAAGAGCAAUAUUGUUUGAGGACUCUCAUCCGCGCGACUUGACAGCAGAGAAGAAAGAAAGAAAGAAAGUGACGUUGCAGGAGAAACAAACGGAGCUUGGGCACAGCGGAGAGGGGCCACCUGCAGGCUGACAUUUAGCCUGAAUAUUCCGGACCAAUGCAUUCCUCCAAGAGGAACGAGAGUGACUGGCAGGGGCUGGUCAGCGAGUUCCUGGUGUGCAAGCGCAAGCUGGAGAGUAAGAAGGAGGCGCUGCUCAUUCUGUCCAAGGAGCUGGACACCUGUCAGCAGGAGAGAGACCAGUACAAGCUGAUGGCCAACCAGCUGAGGGAGCGCCACCAGGGACUGAAGACAAAGUACAGGGAACUCAUUGACGGUGACCCCUCUUUGCCACCCGAAAAACGUAAACAAGUGAACCUAGCUCAGCUGUUGGGCGACUCGAGGGAACGAGCAAAACGUCUCGCCGAGGAGGUGAAGGAGCUGACUCAGAGACUUGCGGAGGCCCACGGGGACAACAAGCUCCUGAGGAUGACCAUUACACGACAGAGGCUGGGGGAUGAGGAGGUGGGGGUGCGCCAUUUCCCCGCCUAUGAACGUGAGGAUCUAGUUCACCAGCUUGAGAGAGCCGGGCUACAGAUGGAGGAGAUGGAGCACAGCAUGAAGGCUCUGACGGACGAGCUGCAGGACGUGAAGGCGGAGCGCAGUGCGUUCACGGAGAAGGCCUGCCGACUCAACGUGGAGCUCAACCACGUCUUGGGGAACCGCGAGGCCCGCAUCAUCGAUGUGGAUGCCCUCUGCAUGGAGAACAGGUAUUUGCAUGAGCGUUUCAGCCAACUACAAGAGGAGGUCAACCUGCUGAAAUCCAACAUCAUGAAGUACAAGACGACUCUUGAGAGGAGGAAAAACUCCAGCGCAUAUGGGAAAUCAAACGGCAGUCCCUUCACUGGACUUCUCUCAGCCAAACAAGUCCAGGAGAUGCUCCUGGAAGAGCAGGCCUGCGGCCUGCCAGUCACGCCUCAGUCCAUCUUUGACCUCAAGACCCUGGCCACGGCUCUGCUGGAGACCAUCCAUGAGAAGAACCUGGUCAUCGAGCACCAGAGGCACACCAACAGGAUCCUUGGAAACAGAGUAACAGAUUUGGAAAGAAAGCUGAAGACGUUGGAGGUUUCUGGACUCUGGAGUCUUCCAGGGAACCGAGACAAUGUCCCACUGCGUGAAGGUCUUCAACCGGAGCUUCAUCCAACGCGUGUCACAUCUCCGCCCAUCAUGCAGCCCAGUGUGAAGCCACCCAAAGUGGUGUCGGACGACAGAAGUUCACAUGAAUCAUCGUGGGAAUGCCACACUGCUGGCAGCAACCUUGGCACAGAUGGCGUCAGCAGGGAAGACGCACCUGCACUGCUCAACAGCCUGGAGCCUCGAGUGGGGGUGGAGACGAAUGGGAUCGACAGGAGAGGGGGAGAAAUCACAGCCCGGACAGAAGAUGGAGCUGUCUUAGAGCUGGAGGAGGGCCAGAGUCCAGUGGAAGAGGCGGGGCGUGAAGUCGAGGGAGUCGAGGACGAAGCACUGGGCUCCACGGUGGAGGAAGGAGAAGAGGCCGCUCUGGCACUGGGCGUCACCGCCACUGAAUCAGACCUUCCUUGGCCUCCAAAUGAGCAAGACUCUGUCGAUCAUUCCCAGGUGGGCCAUCAGCCGAGCAAAUCCCAGGAUGGUGGGUUGAAUCACGCACCCGAACACGUCGAAGCCUCACUACCCAUUCCAGAGAACCGGUCCACAGAGGUGUCGAGUGCAGGCGGGUGGGGCGUCGUCGACCUGCAGAGGGGCGCAUGUCGGAGUGACAACCUUGGCAUGAUCUGACGUCACUGGAAGCCUUUAAAUCCUUCUCCUUGAUCAUUGCAUUAAUCUAGUUACAUUCUCACAAGCUCUCGGUUCCCCCUCACAGCUCUGUUUCAGUCAAUAAAAACAGGGAGAAAAACACUUUUUCAGCCACCGCUCGCGGAGCCGGAGGUGCACUUUGUAUCUCGACAGACUUGUUGCUGCGCAGGAACAGGCAAUCUUGAAAUCAAUGGAGUUGCAAACUCAAUGCCCUCCAGGAAGAAUUUAGCUAACAGAUAUGGCAGCCUCAUCUCCCGUGCCCCAUAUUCCCUUCUUCCUUUCCCCAGCGAUAAGAUAAUCCCAAUUGUUUGCUUUCUUCUUCCUCCUUGGGGAUGCCAAUAAACUGAGUGCUGCAUUUUCAUGUUACUCUCAUAGGUGGUCCAAAAACUUGAAAUGAAUGUGUUGUAAAUAUGUAAAUGAAUCAUAUUAAUAUUCAAGAUUCUAUUUAUUUAUGUAUAUUUGUACGGGUGAAUGUUCUUAUUUAUAGUCAUUUAGAGGUUGAUAUUUGGAUGAGCCUGCAUGUGCCUUAUGUGUGGAAAUGCUGUAUUUAUUGAUAUUUAUUCAUAUAAAUGCAUAAUUCUGCAAUAUU